UCAUAUUAUUUCUAAACCAAAUAUCGUAACCAUGUUUGUAGUAGACCUUUGUCCAAGCUUCUAAAUUGUUUAAACACAAUAGUUCCCAAAUUGGCUAGCCAAGUUAUGACCAUCACCGACUGGAAUAAGUGGUCCCAAGAGCAGUUCACAAAUGAACCCCAGAUGAGACCAAAGUUGAUUCCGGGUUUCGAUCGACUGGAUAACAGGCUGAGGGCAGUGCUCCGGGAGCAGGACUUGCAAAACGUUUUUCAUAAGCGUAAACCGGCGGGUGGUGGCCAAAAGCAGGGAAAGACGAAGAAGUUCAAGAGGACGCCUCGGGCUUAUAAUAUACAACAGGUAUACGACGAGAGGCGCAAGGAGCUUAACCGUUUGGCUAAAGUCCAAGGGAUUAAGAAUCAGUUCCGGAGUAGACCUGUGCCCAAUUUCGAGCGAUCCCAUCAGCGUUUGGAGAGGCGUAAGCUGUACCUGCACUCUCUGCAAAAGCUGACGAAGCCCCGAUGUCCUGGCACCCUAUUCGUCUCAAUGGAGGCGCUCCACAAACGACAGAAGCAGGAAAAGCAAAGCAAAAGGCAGACAGACUUUACUCCCAAGAUCAAUCCAAAAUCGUCAAUGGACUACCUGCACCGCCAGCCGUUCAUCCCGCGAAUCGACUCUAAUUGCACCCGUCCAAAGCCUUUUCAUCUUCAUACUUCCGAACGCGCUCUGAGUCGCCAGUUGUAUGACGAGCAGAAAAGGUGGCGGAUGGAUCGAAAGCUGGAGCAGAAGGCCAGCGACUGGUUUAAGCGAGAACGGAAGGAGUUCCUCAAGCUCCGCAAAAUUACAAACUUUAAGGCUACUCCGAAUCCCUGGACAAGGGUCAGUGCUGCAAAUGGAUCCCAAAGAUCCUAGGAAUUUAAUUUUCAUAAACAUAAAUCUAGAAAGUGAUGAGAGUAACGAUCAGUUAGUUAAAUAUACAGUUAGAACUUCCUCCGAAAAA